AUGUCUCAGCAGGGCGUUUUCGGCCUUGAGGUGCCGCCUGGCGGCGUUCUGAUCCCGGUCGGCCUGGACCUUCCGGCUACGAUUCACAUCUCCAUGGCUGCUCUGGAUCCCACGGCCGAGGCCGAGGCCGACGACAAGGGCAACAUUCCGUCUACGGGUCGCUCGACCCUGCGCAUUGUGCGCCGCCCCAUUGACUUGUUCAGCGAGGACAGCGAUGAGGACUCCGACGAUGAGUACCUCCGCAGCAUUCUUGCUGGCAGCGAUGACGACGAGAGCGAUGAUGAGCCCAACGGUGGCCCCAGCGACCCGUCCAAGGCCCGCCGCAAGCAGGAGCUCCGUGCUCUCCUGGCUGCUGCCGAGGCCGAAGACGACGAGGAUGAGGAUGAGGACGAGGAUGAUGAGGACGAGGACGCUGAGAUGGCGGAUGCUGCUGCUAUUGCCAACGGCGCUUCCAAGAAGAAGAGCAAGGCCACCAAGGCUGCCGCUUCUGGCAAGGGCAAGGAGCCUGCCACUGAGGAGGAUGACGAGGACGAUGAGGACGAGGACGAUGAUGAGGAUGAGGAUGACGAGGACGAGGACGAUAUUCCGGUCCUUGAGGACUUUGUUGUCUGCACCCUGGACACCGAGAAGACGUACCAGCAGCCGCUUGAGCUGACCAUUGAUCCCGGCGAGACUGUCUUCUUCUCUGUAUUUGGCAGCCACACCGUCCACCUGACGGGCAACUACUUUGUCGAUGGCGAGUUCGACGACAGCGAUGAGGAGGAUUCGGACGACGACGACGACUACGACCUGCCUCCCGAUAUUGACCUGGAGGAGCUGGACAGCGACGAGAAUGACGAGCUCGAUGAGCUCGACGAGAUCGCCGGCCGCAUCGAGGAGGUCGACUCGGACGAGGAGGUUCCCCAGCUGACCGACGCCAAGAAGGGCAAGGGCAAGAAGCGCCCCGCUGAGGAUGCCGAGCCCAGCCUCGACGACCUGAUUGCCAAGUCGGGCGCCGACGAGACCAAGCCGAGCAAGAAGCAGGCCAAGAAGCUCAAGAACAACGACGGCGACGCCGUCGCCGCCCAGGAGGAGAAGGACAAGAAGCGUGUCCAGUUCGCCAAGACCCUUGAGCAGGGCCCCUCCGGCUCGACCGUGAAGGAGGCCGCUGCCAAGAAGGACGCUGGCAAGGACGCUGGCAAGGACGGCAACAAGGGCAAGCUUGGUGUCAAGGUUGUCCAGGGCGUCACCAUUGACGACCGCAAAAUCGGCUCGGGCCGCGUCGUCAAGAACGGCGACCGUGUUGGCAUGCGCUACAUUGGCAAGCUCGAGAACGGCAAGGUCUUCGACUCCAACAAGAAGGGUGCGCCGUUCUCCUUCCGCGUUGGCAAGGGUGAGGUCAUCCGCGGCUGGGACAUUGGUAUUGCCGGCAUGUCGAUUGGCGGCGAGCGUCGUCUGACCAUCCCCGCCUCGCUCGCCUACGGCUCCAAGAAGCUCGACGGCAUCCCGGCGAACAGCACUCUCAUCUUUGAUGUGAAGCUGCUCGAGAUCAAGUAA